AUGGACAAAGGCAAAGGAGGAGGGCACGGUGAAACCAGUGAUCCCAAUGAUCACUCCCACCGCAACAAAGCCGACGAUGCUUUCUUGGCCGAAGAAGACGAAGAUUACGAUGAGCUUUACGGUGAUAUAUAUAUUGAUCCGGAUUUCCUUCAACCUUCGCCAGUGAAUACGGCUUCAGAAGUUAAAAACAAUGAAGUUGAACGAAAGAAGUCGCCGCCACCACCACAACAGCGGCCAUUUCUUCCAGGUCAAAAUGCAGGUGGGGUUUCUUCACCAGGUACAAGUGGAAUCCGGCAAAAGCAACCAUUUGUGGGAGGAGGAAGUCGUUUAUUUUAUUUGGGUGGAUUGCACUGGUGGACAACGGACGCUGACGUAGAAUACGAGCUUUGUAGGUAUGGAAAGGUUAGGGAAGUAAGGUUUUUGUUUGAUAGAACUAAUGGAAAAUCCAAAGGGUAUUGUAAGGUUGAAUUUUAUGAUCCUUUAGCUGCAGCUGCUUGUAAGAAAGGGUUGGUUGGACAUAGUUUUAACGGUAGGCCGUGUGUUGUUUCUUCGUUUUGGACGCCAUUUCUUGAGACGAAUCAACCUGAUGGAAAUAAUGAGGGAAUGAAGGAGCCUGAUGAGGUUGAAGCUACUAAGCGUGGUGAUGAUAAUGAUGGGAGAGGUUGUAUCAAAGAAGGUGGAGAAGGGGAUAAUCAGGGAAAUAAGGAGUCUUAUGAGGUUGAACUUGAGGCUGCUAAGCCUGGUGAUGAUAAUGGAGGGAGAGGUGGUAUCAAAGAAGGUGGAGAUAGGGAUACUGAGGGAAAGAAGGGGCCUGAUGAGGUUAAGGCUACUAAGCCUGGUGAUGGUAAUGGUGGGAGAGGUGGUAUCAAAGAAUGUGGAGAUGGGGAUAAUAGAGGUAAUUGGGGGAGAGGGAGCAAUCUUGAGAUUGGGAAUAGAGGACAUGGUAAUCCGGUGAGGAAUCGGGGCGGUGGAAUGGGUGGUAGAUCGAUCAUGAUGGGUGGUGCUGCCCCACGAAUGCUGUUGCGUCCUCGGAUGGGUCCCAUGAGUCGAAUGUGUGGUUAUGCAGGCUUUCCCGGUGGCUCGAUACCUCCAUUCCCCGGGAAUUCGCCUUCAUACCCCGGUGUUGGUUUGCGUGGUCUUGCACCUUAUGGUAAUUAUUCCUUCUAUGGAAGAGGGAUGCCUAUGAGUGGUAUAAGGAUGAUUCCGCCGUUUGGUAUGUAUGGUCCUAAUAUGGGAAUGUGGCCGGGUCCAGAUAUGGGAAGAUGGGGUGGUGAUGAACAUGGUGGAGGCAAGGUUGCAGGGUCAGGUUAUGGGGAGAAAGCUGCAUCUGACCAUCGGUACGAUGAGGAGGAUCGUGAUAGAGGUGAUUCGCCUAAUGCUAUGCGCGACAAAGAUAGAGGAUCAGAGAGGGAUUCGCCCAGUACUUCUGAAAGACAGUUCGAGGAUGAUAGAGUUCAUGAAUUUGACAGAUAUGUGCGUAGUGAAAAUGAUUUGGAGUAUGACCGUGAAGAAAUAGGGAAUGUUGAUGAUAGAAAAAUUAGUCGUGCACGAUCUCGGGAUAGUGAUAUAGACCGUGAACGUUCACGAUCUCGAGACCAUGUCCCUGAUCGCGAAAGAGGUUUGAAUCGUGAGAGGCACACGGAAGAUAGGGGCGGAUAUGCUGAUCAUCAUAGAUUCACAGACCACGCGCCACAGCUCAAUGAUGAGCAGGAGAGGGGACGGUCAUCGAGGCCUAGCAUCAAAUCACGGAAAUAUUCACAUAAUGGAAAAAGGGGAUAG